AAAGUUUUAACACCUUUCGAAAUUCCAAACACAGCACAGCAUCACCCAGGGAGUCCUCUGUUCCUCACAAAAUCGUCCUUAACCACCAAACCCUAAAACCUCAAUCUCUCCAAAAUCCCACCCAAACUGUUACUUCAAAAAUGGCACUCAGAACGCAUCUGUUUUUUCCAAACACCCUUAUCCGACCUCCGAAAUUCCAUUCUUGUCCCUUCCCGACUACAACCCAUUUCAGAACCCGAAUCCCAUGCACCAACAAAAACAGCUUAACUGAUGCGGAUCUUGCAUCAGGUUUGGCGACAGAAGUUGCAAAAAUAAAUACCCAUUUGGUGCAAAGAGAAGAGGCCAUGAAGAAAAGCAGAGAAUUACUCUUCACUGAGCUUUGCAACUAUUUGGCAUUGGAUAAAGAGGAAGUGGAGAAGAAAUGGAGCAAAAUGGAUCAAGAGGAGAGAAGGGUUUUGGUUAAAGGCUUUGUUAAUGAAUGGGGUGCCAAUUUUCACCCUUUAUCUGCUAGGUCUGUCGAAGAAAUGAUUGAAGAGUAUUUACAUGAAGAGAAGCCAUCUUCAAACUCUUCUCGUUCAAUGCUGUUUCCUGGUUUGAAGAGGAUAAUGGGGUUUUCUGAAUAAGUCCAAAUUUUUAAGAUAGCAUGGUGGCAUAUCUUGUAGUAAUAGAAAUUUUGUUGGAAUGGAUGGUUCGUUGUUUUCUGUUAA